AAAUAAAAUAAAAUUAAUCUAUUAUUUACUAUUUAAAUAAGUAUGUGGUAUCCAUGAAAGUGCUUAUUUGCAAUCCAAAGAAUAACGGUCAAUCUUUCUUGACAAGGAACUAUUCAAACUCAAGUCCAAAUUGCACAAGACCAGAAGCAGCCAUUACAUUACAUGUGGGCCCCAUUCAAUUGAUUAUUGACAAGGAAAUAGAUAAUACAUAUUAUUAUUACAUCCAAUCACAAGCCUUUCCUUGCUCAUCAAGCUCAUCAUCAUCAAACAAUUUUAAUUUUCCUCAUUUUAUUUAUUUAUUUAAUUAAUUUAUGUCCACUAUAUAUAUAUCAACAAAUAUGUUGUGUAUCAUUUGCACUUCCACUAUCAACAAUCUCAUUAAUAUUCUUCAUAUAUAGUUUCACCUAAAAAGAAUAAUAUUUAUAAUUUGUUCACAUUUUCUUGAUCAAGGAAAUCACUUAAGGUACAAUAUAAUGUCUCUCUUUACAAGCUUCUUUAGCUGCUUCAAUAGUACUCAUUCGUCUACGCGCAUUUCCGAUACGAGCGAGCCUAAUUUGAAUUCAUCAUCGAUGAAGAAGAAAACGAAGACGCCUCGUGCACCGAUUCCCGUAUCUUACUUUCCCAUAAACUCACAAAUGUCGCGUUUAUAGUUUUGAAAAAGAUUUGUGUUCCUUUCUUAAUUAGAAUGCUUAUUUUUGUAUGUGUAUGCUUCUUUUGAAG